CGGACCGAACCGGCCCGGUCCGGUUCGGUUGUCGCGUCUAGGUCGGAGGGGCACCGUAGGUUUAGCAAAACCGAAACAGAUAAUAAUGUGUCGGAAAUUACAUUUCUCCGCUGUGUGGUUGUCGCUCAGGAUCUCUUGGCCACGACGACGCAUCAUCACCACCAUCGUCUUCAACCUUACCCUUCGUCGUAUCAAACGGCGAGGCCUCCUCCUCUCGCGGCAACUUCGAGAGCCGUCGACCCUUCCUUCUCUCGCAUGCUGCUCUCUCACCGUCGUAAAUUUCCCUCUUCGUCUUCUUCCCCGGUUUCGCUCUUCCAUCUGGUCUCUGCAUCUCAACUCAUCGGAUCGGUCGGCCCGCUUUCUUCUGAGGGUACUUCCGGUUUCGGCUUUGCAGGUGGUCCGCACAGUACGUGCCUGUUGUUCGUAGAAUAGGUUUGUUGGGUUCGUGGGGUUCAAGUGGAUGAUCCUUUGUGAGGUACCGAAUCGAUGGAAUCUCCUCAUGAACCUAUAAUUCCAGGAUUGCCAGAUGAUCUGGCCUUGAGAUGCUUGGCCAGAGUGUCUCAUGGGUUCCAGGGGCUGCUAGAAACAGUCUCGAAGAAGUGGAGAGAAGUUACACGAGGCAUGGAAUACGCCAACUUCAAGGCUAGGGAAGGCUGGUCUGGGGAUUGGUUAUUCGUUCUCACUGAGGGCUCCGACAACCAGUGGGUUGCUUAUGAUCCCGAAGCUGAUAGAUGGCAUCCUAUACCGAAGAUGCCAAGAAUGCAUCCUGACUGGAAGCACACUGGCUUUUCAUGUGUUUGCGUUGGUGACAGAUUCCUUGUCAUUGGUGGGGCUUAUGCAUCAAGUGAUCCAGGAUACCCUCAUCAGAAGCCUAUCAUAACCAAUGAUGUCUACCAAUUUGACCCUUUCAGAAAAGGAUGGACUAUGGUGUCAAGUAUGCAAACACCUCGUUCACACUUUGCGUGUUGCGUCAUCUCGGGAAAGGUGUAUGUAGCUGGGGGUCGCAAUCUUUCAUGCCCGAGAGGCCUCACUCUUGCUGAAUGUUACAAUCCAUUGUCAAACAAAUGGGAAGAACUGCCACCAAUGCCCAAUCCCCAAAUGGAUUGCAUAGGCUUGUCAUACAACGGCAAAUUUCAUGUUCUCAGUGAUCAAGUAGGACUUUUGGACCAAAAUUCAUCUGAAGUUUUCUGUCCAUUAUCUGGAUUGUGGAACACAGUAGAGGAUAAUUGGCCUUUUUCUAGAGCAAUGCAAGUAGCUGUACAGGUCAUUGAAAAUGAUCGUGUAUACACUAUUGUAGAUUGGGGUGAGAGCUUAAUUAAGACGAGGGAUACUGCCAAAGGAGAAUGGUACAAUGUGGGGAAAGUUCCUUCUGUUUUCCUUCCUGUCCACUCACGACCAUUAGAAGUCUUUGACUAUGGUUUUGCUGGUCUUGGACAUGAACUGUAUGUGUUAGGUGGGAAGGUUCUCAAGUGGGAAGAAUCGGGAGCUGGGAGAUUUGAUAUUGUCAAACUAGGAUUGGUGAGAGUCUGUGACCCUUCAAAGUUCCCUUUGAAGUGGCGUGAGACGAGACCAAUGUGUCUGACUGCAUCGGGCUCGAUUCUAGGAUGUGCUUCCCUUAAAGAAAACUCUGUUCUUCAGUUAGGAUAGUUUGGAGAGCUUUGAUCUAGGCCUUGCCAAUGCUCUGUUAUAUGACUUGAUUCUUCUUUGGUGUGUCUGUAAUCUAGUGUAAACAAAUUGAUACCUUUAGAGGAUUCAACGUCUUAUGUAAUGCCAAUUGUCUCGUUUACUUUCUUGUUUUUCGUUUGAUUGAAACUAAAAAUGAACUUCAGAUUCUUCUAUGCGAAAACAAGUUUAUUGCAUAGAAAACCAACCAAACUUCUGCCCCAAAUGACUUUGUCAAGCUAAAUACACGCACAACCUUGUAAAAUAAGUAUGUAGAUGUGUCACUGACUUUGGAAUCAUUGAAUCCUUAUCAUAAAGUAGUUUUAAAAAAAAAAAAACCCUUACCCUACUGCAGCCAUGCAAUCCUUGUCACCAGAAAACACAAAAAGUAGAGAAGAUGAAUAAAAGGAAAAA